CGCCACCGAGCACGUGCUGAGCCCAGCCGGGCGGCAGCCACCGCGGAGGAAGGGAAGGGCACGCAGCAGCAGGUGGGGGCGGCCGAGCAGGUGCGGUUACCUGGACGCGCCUCACCUGGGAAUCCAGCUGCGGGCUGGUGGCGCAGGGACGAGGCGGCGGAGCGGCUCCCACUCCUCCGGCGGAAAGACGGAGCGGUCCAACCCGAGCACCUCUCCUGGAUGCUGGGGGCGUUGGGAGCGAGAGGAGUGGGCAGCCGCGCCCAAGCGGCCCCCUCCGCGGUGUCCCCGCGGCUGAGCAUGCACCUGUGCGUCUCGUGGGGGCUGCGGGGAAAGGGGAUCCCCCAUCCACCUGAGGUCUCCCUGCAGGAAUUCCUCAGAUUGAAACUAAUUGCAAAGUUUCUGGUUGACCAGCAUUCAUAGGAAUGAAGACAAACUCAGAGAUGGUGUGUCUAAGAAACUUCAAAAGGUGUAGACCUCCUGAUUGAAGCGUAGGUGAUUUAUUCAGCUCAUUUUUUCCCCAUUAUAUUUCUGAACUCGCACAAAGGAAAGUCAUGAUUACACUAACAGAGCUAAAAUGCUUAGCUGACGCCCAGUCAUCUUACCAUAUACUGAAACCGUGGUGGGACGUGUUCUGGUAUUAUAUCACCCUCAUCAUGCUGUUGGUGGCUGUGCUGGCCGGAGCUCUGCAGCUUACCCAGAGCCGGGUUCUGUGCUGUCUUCCAUGCAAAGUGGAAUUUGACAACCACUGCGCUGUGCCUUGGGACCUCCUGAAAGCCAGCGCGAACAUGUCGUCAAACGAGGGCUUGCCACUUCCACUCCCACUCCGGAUCCAGAAUGACCUCCAUCGGCAGCAGUACUCGUACAUCGACGCCGUCUGUUAUGAGAAGCAGCUCCACUGGUUUGCAAAGUUUUUCCCCUACCUGGUGCUCCUGCACACCCUCAUCUUCGCAGCCUGCAGCAACUUUUGGCUUCAUUACCCCAGUACCAGUUCCAGGCUGGAGCAUUUUGUGGCCAUCCUUCACAAGUGCUUCGAUUCUCCAUGGACCACACGUGCCCUGUCAGAAACAGUGGCCGAGCAGUCAGUGAGGCCCCUGAAACUCUCCAAGUCUAAGACUCUGCUUUUAACCUCAGGGGGUUCCGCUGACAAUGAUGCCAGCAAGCAAUCAUUGUCCUAUCCACAACCAGGCUUGGAGUCACCUGGCAUAGAGAGCCCGACUUCUAGUGUCCUGGACAAGAAGGAGGGUGAGCAGGCCAAAGCCAUCUUUGAGAAGGUGAAGCGGUUCCGCCUGCACGUGGAGCAGAAAGACAUCAUUUAUCGUGUCUAUCUGAAGCAGAUAAUAGUCAAAGUCAUCUUGUUUGUCCUCAUCAUAACUUAUGUUCCGUAUUUUUUAAGCUACAUAACUCUUGAAAUCGACUGUUCCAUUGAUGUGCAGGCAUUUACAGGCUAUAAGCGCUACCAGUGUGUCUACUCCUUGGCAGAAAUCUUUAAGGUGUUGGCUUCAUUUUAUGUUAUUUUGGUAAUACUUUAUGGCCUCACCUCCUCCUACAGCUUAUGGUGGAUGUUGAGAAGUUCCCUGAAGCAAUAUUCCUUUGAGGCACUCCGAGAGAAAAGUAACUACAGUGAUAUCCCGGAUGUCAAGAAUGACUUCGCCUUCAUCCUUCAUCUAGCUGAUCAGUAUGAUCCCCUGUAUGCCAAACGCUUCUCCAUCUUCCUGUCAGAGGUCAGUGAGAACAAACUGAAACAGAUCAACCUCAACAAUGAGUGGACAGUUGAGAAACUGAAAAGUAAGCUUGUGAAAAACUCCCAGGACAAGAUCGAACUGCAUCUGUUCAUGCUCAGUGGUCUUCCAGACAAUGUCUUUGAGUUGACAGAGAUGGAGGUGUUGAGCCUGGAGCUCAUCCCCGAGGUCAAGCUGCCGGCUGCCGUCUCUCAGCUGGUCAACCUCAGGGAGCUCCAUGUGUACCAUUCAUCUCUGGUGGUAGACCAUCCUGCGCUGGCUUUUCUGGAGGAGAACUUAAAAAUCCUUCGCUUGAAAUUUACUGAGAUGGGAAAAAUCCCACGCUGGGUAUUCCACCUGAAGAAUCUCAAGGAACUGUACCUGUCCGGCUGUGUUCUCCCUGAGCAGCUGAGUUCCAUGCACUUGGAAGGUUUUCAGGACUUAAAGAACCUGAGGACCCUCUACUUAAAAAGCAACCUGUCCCGGAUCCCCCAAGUCGUGACAGACCUGCUGCCUUCCCUGCAGAAGUUGUCCCUUGAUAAUGAAGGAAGCAAACUGGUUGUGCUGAACAACUUGAAAAAGAUGGUCAAUUUGAAAAGCCUCGAGCUGCUCAGCUGUGACCUGGAACGCAUCCCCCAUUCCAUAUUCAGCCUGAACAAUCUGCAUGAGUUAGAUCUCAAAGAAAAUAACCUGAAAACCGUGGAGGAGAUCAUUAGCUUUCAGCAUCUUCAGAAUCUUUCUUGCUUAAAGCUGUGGCACAAUAACAUUGCUUAUAUUCCUGCCCAGAUCGGAGCUUUGUCUAACCUCGAGCAGCUCUCUUUGGAUCAUAAUAAUAUUGAGAGUCUGCCUUUGCAGCUUUUUCUAUGCACCAAACUACAUUAUUUGGAUCUAAGCUAUAACCAUCUGACCUUCAUUCCUGAAGAAAUCCAGUAUCUGAGUAAUCUGCAGUACUUUGCUGUGACCAACAACAAUAUUGAGAUGCUACCAGAUGGGCUGUUUCAGUGCAAGAAGCUUCAGUGUCUACUUUUGGGGAGAAAUAGCCUAACAGAUUUGUCCCCUCUCGUGGGUGAGCUGUCAAACCUCAUCCAUCUGGAGCUCAUUGGUAAUUACCUAGAAGCCCUGCCUCCAGAGCUGGAAGGGUGUCAGUCCCUAAAACGGAGCUGCCUGAUUGUCGAGGACAGUUUGCUGAAUACUCUUCCUCUCCCUGUGACAGAACGUUUGCAAACAUGCUUAGAUAAAUGUUGACAAUGAUCAGCAGCCUGCAAAAGCAUCUUUAAAAGU